CUUCAUCCUCAUCAAUAUUGUUCAUCAUUCUUAUUCUUUCCCGUGCCGUGCCGUGCCCUGCUGCUUCUACUUCUUCUUGGUCCUCCUUUCAUCCCUUCUUCAUCUUUCCUCCAUUUGCCAAUGUCCACUCAUUAAUAGUGACUAUGGAUCUCAGUUCAGAUUCAAAGAAGGUGUCAAUAUCCGGUCCGGAACCGGCGAACAGCGAUACAAUAUUCCCAGUUGCAUCAAACGGAUCAAAAGCAGCAGAGGUUUCCUCUCAUCCACACAAUCAGCGCGCAAUGGCAACGAUAGCGGAUGAUGACGACCGCUUGCUUGUGCGCAUUGGUUACACGCCCGUAUUACAACGUCACUUCUCAAGAUGGUCGACCGUAUCAUACGCCAUCUCAAUUCUUGGAGUGCUCGGGUCAGUUCCAGCGACUUUUGGUAGUCCGAUGGCCGCUGGAGGACCUGCCACUGCAGUGUGGGCAUGGUUCAUUGGCAGUAUCAUGGCAUACUGUAUAGCAAGUUCAGUUGCUGAACUGGUAUCUGCAUAUCCAACAGCCGGAGGAAUGUAUUACGUUACAAAACAUGUUGUUCCUCCAGAGCAUGUCGCAGCAUGGGCGUGGAUUAUUGGGUGGUGCAAUUUCUUGGGUCAGGCUGCGGGCGUUGCGAGUCUUGCCUACACAAUUUCUCAGAUGAUCCUCGCCACAGCUGUGAUGCACUCCUCUUUUGCAGAAGGAGAGCCUUCAUUCGUACCAACCGCUUUACAGACCGUUUUACUCGCUAUCCUUAUCCUAUGCCUCUUCGGAAGCAUAUGUUCCUUUCCCACAAAUUGGCUCCACCGAAUUAUUCUCUGGUUUGCUCCCAUCAACAUCAUUGCAUCCAUAUGUAUCUGUAUCGCUCUCCUGAUCCUCACUCCGAACAAACAAAGCGCUACAUGGGUAUUCACUACCGUCACCGAUGGUUCCGGUUGGGGUAGCAAGGGUUUCUCAUUCCUCCUUGGCUUCCUUUCUGUAGCUUGGACGAUGACGGACUAUGAUGGUACCACUCACAUGUCAGAAGAAACCCACGAUGCUGCAAUUCGAGGCCCGGUUGCAAUUCGAAUGGCCAUUCUCGUCUCUGGAGUAGUAGGCUGGAUGCUAACAGUCACCUUCUGCUUUUGCAUGUCAGACCCCGAGGCAAUCAUGGCAACUCCUACUGGACUUCCCGUGGCACAAAUAUUUUUCAACGCUGGUGGUAAAACUGGAGGAUCGGUCAUGUGGUUUUUUGUUAUCCUAGUCCAGUUCUUCACCGGAUGCUCUGCAAUGCUGGCAAAUGCUAGGAUGGCUUGGGCAUUCGCCCGUGAUGCCGCUUUCCCUUUCUCAGAAUUCUGGAGCAAAGUCAACUCCAUCACGAACACACCGGUCAAUGCCGUCUGGCUUGUCGUCAUCUUCUGUAGUUGUCUCGAUCUUAUCGGGAUCGGUAGCACGCUCACCAUCAUUGCAAUUUUUAACAUCACGGCGCCGGCGCUCGACAUUAGCUACGUUGCGGUCAUUAUUGCACACCGCUGGUACGAGGGUAAUGUCAAAUUUCAUCCAGGGCCAUUUACAAUGGGGAAAUGGAGUAAACCGAUCAACGCUAUUGCAGUUACCUGGGUUUGCUUUAUUAGCGUAGUGCUGUUCUUCCCGCCGACGAAGCCGGUUACAGCUACCAACAUGAACUACGCGAUUUGUGUAGCAGGCUUCAUCGGAUUGUUCAGCAUGAUGUGGUGGUAUGCUGGAGCAAGGAAAACGUACAGUGGUCCACGUACAAAUGACACAAUCGACAUGCUUCCCCCUGAAGACCCAGAAGCUAUCCUGAGCGACUAUGAUCUCCCGUAGCGGCGAAUUCUACAUCUGCUACGAAUCUCACUUGCAGUCGCAGAGCGGCAAUGCAUCGGCAUCCGCCCUCGGCGGACUUUUACGAAUCAGAUCCUUCCACGGAGUUCAGACUUGGAUGACUUACUUAAGCGGCGCAAUCACGAGUUCUGGCGCAAGCCACCACGGGGCCUUUCAUGCUUUUUCCUCUUUCUCGGGUAAGGUAAAGAUCGGAGUGGGAGUACAUAGAAAGGGAUUUAUCAGCGGGAAGCGCGUGCAGCGCCAAUUGGGAAAAUGAUUGAUACCUAUAGAAUUAG